UCUUGCAUAUUGCACCUUUAUAUAUGAGGCGUUAUGAAUGGAAUCAAAACGGAAUUAAAACAUAUGUAAUGAACAUGGAUGACUCUAAAGCAAACAAACUAAAGAGAAGAAACAAACCCCAUCAACUGAGAAUUUUACAUUUGUGCAACUGUGUUUAUAGUGACAUUAUUAUAUGUUUAUCCUCUGAAUCAUUCUCUGUAUAGGAACUACACAGCAGGGAUUUGCUGGAGGCUUGGUGCUGUAUUUGUGCUGUACGGUUCCAGACUGUCUUCUAUUAUUCCUCCAGGCUUCUUCAGUGAAGUUGAACUUCAGACGUGCCUUAUAUCAUCGGCGUAUUUUCCCCAAAUAACAACCUUAGAUUUCCAUAGAUAUCUGUAUAGUAUGUCCUGUGAACUGUACUACAUCGGGUCCUCUGCCAAGGAGGUACCGUGACGCGGGGCGGCUCCUCUCCUCCCACCGCCUCCUCCCAGUCCGCCCAGCAGCGGGCUCCGUCAUUUCGCCUCCUCGUCCCUCACUUGUUGGAUGUGUUCCGCUUCAGUUUCUGUGGUUUCAAGCUUCCCGGUGGUUGUUUGCCCUCUUGGAGUCCAGAGGAGAGCACUGCUGAGUGUGAAGUUUAACGCGUUGGGUUUUGUUUUUAUUUCCGUUUUCUUUGGCAGCUUACGUGCGCGUAAAGAGCGCUCACCCUGACGCGUUGUCCUCGUCCUUACCUGUUUGUUUGCUCUUUCUGCGGACCGCGACUAUGCUCCGUUUUUCGGUGUCUACCCGUCGUGGCUGUCUGUGUCGCCGUCCCUCUGACCUCUAGUCUGCUGGUCCCACAGCGGGAGUGUCGGGGUUUCCUGGCGGCGUCGUGCGCUCUGGACUCCGGCGCAUCCUUGGAGAAGUUCCGCCGCAGUCCCAUGCACCGCGCGUCUCUGCUGUCCUCCUGCGGCGAUAAGGAUGCUGGUGGCUUUUCAUGCUCAAACUCCACAGGAUUAGCCUGAGUUGAGUAAACGGACCAUGUAACCGGAUCAGAAAUGUUCUUGCAGAGUGUCUCUCCAGCUGUGUGACCUCUCACCUUUGACCUUUGAUUUGACUUCUCCUCAUCCUUACAACACUCUUCUGAUGUGUUAAGCAACUUUGCUGCACAGUUUGAUGGAGAGCUGGUCGGAUGACAGCUGGAACUGUUGUCAUAACCGGAGGAAUACUGGCCACAGUGAUACUUCUGUGUAUCAUAGCUGUGCUCUGUUACUGUAGACUCCAGUACUACUGCUGUAAGAAGAAUGGGUCUGACAGCGCCUCCAUCUCUCAGCAACACUUUGCCUGCAAUGCCUGCAGUGUCACCGGCCUGGACGGGUCGAUCGUCACCCCACUGUCCAUGUCCCCACCGGAGCCUCCUCGAUCCUCCGACCCGACCAAACCCACAGGGGGGCAACGCAGUUACUGCCCCACCUGCUCGCCCUAUGACUCGCCCUUCUACAUCCGUACCACUGAUGAGAUGCGCAACGGUGGUGAGCGCAUCACCUACAUGCCCACAUACUAUGAGAACCAGGCGCUGGCGAUGCCGCUGCCCGCCGUCCGAGGCUCCCUGCUGAGGGAGACCCCGCGAGGACGGCCUCCCGAAUUUUACACCAACACCCGAGCCAUCAGCACCGAGGUGUGACCACCACAAAAACCCACCACCCAUACACAGAGACGCCCCUCUACUCACUUCUCACUUCUCUCUCUCUCUCUCUCUCUCUCUCUCACACACACACACACACACACAAAAGCACCACCACUAACAAGACCACAACAAUAAUUUUGACACCUUCUGCACCUACCGGUGAGGGUCUGCUGGAUAAAGGCCUGCUGGUUGUGGAGGCUGCAUUAUCACAUUUAUUAAGGGUCUGGGGUUUGGGGGGGAUUAAAGUGACUUUUCCAAACAACAAGCUGGGAUCGCUUCCAAACAUAGUCCCUCACUUUAUACCCUUACUUUUUAUGUUUUCAUGUUCACAAAAAUAGUGUUUCUGUAAUUGACCGUAGAUAAAAGUAUAGCUGUAAAGUUUUUGUCCUUUUGUGCUCCCACGUGAAGGGUACGGGUGUUAACUUGUAAACCGUCUGUUGACUGUUACUGUGUCUUUACAUACUGAGGGCUAUCUUCAAUAAAUUGUGAUUUUCCCUUGCGACACGCCACCCCAAUGACUGCCAGAAAGGCAAAAAAAA